CAACUCCACGUGCUCGGUGUUUCAAAAUUUCUUGCUUGCAUCAGAAAUUUUCGCGGCCGAGCGCCGUCGCUCGUUGUGCUCUCGCUUUUCUCUGCAGUUCAUUCAGUCUUCCUUAGAACUGCUCACAGGGUGCAGCUCUCUUCCUCUGACGUCAUGAGUUCAAUUGCGGUUCGGUUGGACAUGACUGCCCCCUGCACUCGCCCUGAUGAUCUAACUGGAACCCACAAGCGACGCGGACCUCUGAAGGAGCUCGAAUCUCUUCUCCGUUCUCUCGAGGCUACUGGAAUUUAUGGUUGCAGUAGACCCAUUUCACUCGCCAGCGUUCCACCCUCUCAAUUUGUGCGACAGUCUGCUGCUCUCGAGAAAUGCCUGUCGCUGGCGUCACUGGAGCGGGCGAAUCUCCGGCGUUUGCCAUUACAAAAGCAUAACUCCGAAAUUUGGCUCAACAAAUUUCCUGUUGAACUUCUCUCCCGCAUCUUUGAACGUUUGGAUAAUCAGGCCGUCCGGGACCCAUUCUAUGUUGCACAGCGUAUUCCUGGGACCGUUCUCAUGGAGGUCUGUAAAUUGUGGCGAGACGUCGCGAUAUCCACGCCCUUUUUAUGGAGAAGGGUUUCGUAUCGAUAUCAUCAUCGUACUCGCUCCUAUCCUCCGCUGUCGGCGAUUCGCCUUCUCGUUCAGCGCUCAAGAGCUGUACCUCUUGAACUCGAGAUCGUUGAGCGCCCAAUAGGCAACCGAAAUUCGUCCAUCAAUGCGUUGCUUGAUAUGAUUACCUUCAUUCGUCCGCAUCUUAGUCAAUGCGCCUCCCUCCAUUUAAUCGUUCGCUCCCCCGAUGCUGUGGUUGCACUGUACCCUUUCAGUUGCCCAUUCCCCCAUCUUCAGUCGUUAGCACUCGGUCCACUUCGUCCUGAGUCCGCUGAAGUCUUUUCCGAGUCCGCAAGUCCCAAGACUUUGAUACUCGCUCAGGAUGCGGUGCCUCACUCCCUCCAUAAGUUCGACUCCCUGUCGCUAAAGUCAUUUAAUAUUGCUAUGGUUGACGGGAUUGGCCUGAGAGACGCUCUCUGCUUUCUCUCUGGCUGUAAAAAUCUCGAGGUACUUGCUAUGCACGAUCAUUUCAGUGGUGAGGGUGCCGAGGAAAUGAACGAAGAUUUGUUGGACCAAAUUACUGUCUUCACUCCUAAUCUGCGUAUUCUUCGCCUCACCGGUGUGGCUCUCCUUCGAUGUCUCUCACGCUGGUCCGCGCCCCUCCUCCAGCAUCUCGCACUCGCUGAGGACGAACCUUUCACAACCGUCUUUGAUGACUCAUUCCACUUCCCGAAUCUAGAAACCGUAUCACUCGAGCUUCUUCACCAAUCGCUAAUACAUACAUGCUUGAUGCAUCUCACCAAUCAACACUCAAAAGUUGUUGCCAUUCACCUCCCCUCAUCAGCAUUGAGCAUUGUUAAUAUUAUGCUCUUGAUGUGCAUGAGUGUCGCGGACCCUACCCUGCCUGUCUUGCGCCUGCUGCGCUUUGAUCUGGAGGGGAAUGCGUCAGUCGUGGUUCUCCCUGCUCUUGAAUGCUUCCUUCGUAUGCGGAGGGACGUUUUUGUCGAGGCUCACAUAGUCCAGGACUCGGACCAUGGAAGUGAUGAGACACGUACAGACGAGGAAACAGCUUACACGGGGCUCGAACAGAAAUAUUCAUCCUUCCGAUUACAUCGCGGAAUGUAUAGACCCCUUCACGAACUUUCAUUCACUUCAUCAACUGGAUAUUAAGGACCGUCAUUUUUAAAGACACGAACUUUUUGCAUAAUUAGAUGCCGCUUUAUAGAAUUUAACUUAUCCAUAGAUUCGUAGACUUAUAGAUGAUAGAGUUUGGCUAUAGUUGCCCAUGCAUUUGCAUCUCCCAAUUACGCGUAGGCAUUUGCACGAGGCGAGUUGUCCUGUUAUAAUAGUUUGCUUGCUAUCAAACAUGUGUGACACCUAUAAUAUUCUAUUCACGGCGAUUUAUCUGUACGGAGUAGGUUAAAGGAUGGGACUUCGAAUCGUGACACUGGGCCUCUUAGAAGCCCAAGGAAUAACCCACGACCCGUUCACGACUGACGGGUUCCAUCACAAGGGACGAGG